AUGCUCCCUUCCUUUUUCCCUAUCCCCUGGCUGGGUAUGAAUAUCAUCGUUGACGACCAAGACCCUUCAAUUAUCUACAAACCCGCCUGGUCCACCACCGGCAGCGACGGAAAUCCGCGAGGCGAUCCGCAAGAGUUCAACAGGACCACUUCGCAUGGUGUGAGGAGUGGGUCGACUGCGUCGUUUACCUUCACGGGCACGCAAAUUACCAUCUUCGGGACCCUUUUCGGCAGCGACACGGCGUUCUUGCAGUUUACCAUUAACGGGACCCAACAACCUGCAGCAUAUCCCGAGUCGGCGGAUCCACCAUUCCAUCGCGCAGUCUGGGACUCUGGCCCGUUGCCACAUGGGCAGCACGCUCUCGUCAUGGAGGACACCACCCCCGCCACGAGCAACUUUUUCUUCGACUACAUGAUCUACAAGACGGACGUUCGCGGGCCGAGCCAGACCGGGUUCGUCGAUGACAACGAGUCAGCAGUGUCGUUCUCAUCGCGAUGGAGUUCCGAAAACACAUUCGAGUUUAUGCAACAUAUGAGCCGUUGGACCGAAGUUGCGGGCCAGUCGGUCACGGUCCAGUACAAUUUUCUGGAAGGCGAUCAACUGUCUCUCUAUGGCGCCGUUGCUUUGACAGACCCCGCAACACUCGCCUUAAACGCUCCACUCUCUGCUUCUGUUUCGAUAGACGACGGCCCGCCUGUUGAUCUACCACCGCAGAAUGCCCCGGCUGCUCAACAGAUUCAAUAUAAUCAGAAACUGUAUACCUCACCUGCGCUUGCGGCUGGUUCUCACACCUUCAAUUUCACCUAUCAUUCGGGGACAUCGUUAUGGGUUGACUACUACCUUGUUGAGCAGGGUAGCGAUAAUGGAGAUGGGGGUAGCUCAAGUUCCUUCAACGACUUGCCCCUCCCUGUUCAAACUUCGGCCGCCAUGAACCUCUCGGGCAAUCCGACACCCACCCAGUCCUCAACCUCCUUCCCAUCAAUCUCCACUCAGCCCCAAAGCCCCCCAAAUCACCGAUCCAAUUCCGCUGCAGUAGCGGGUGGGGUUAUUGCGAGCUUUCUGCUGCUCUCGAUGUUCGCUGCUAUACUCUGGCUGCGAAGGAGAAACAUUCAGCGAAAUAACCGGCGACGCGCUGUUCCGCUUGAUGUCGAAGCAGCAACAGUUGCGCCGCAAUUUCCGCUUUCGAAGAGUGCAUUGGCCGCACGACGGGGACCUGUUGCACAGAUGGAGGAAUUGGAGACCAAUGAUGCUGGGCCGCAGUUGAUGGUGUCCGCGGCAAGGCUGUCCACAGAUGAACUUGUUCAGAUAUUACGGUCUCGAAAUGUGGCGAUUACAGGGGAGGAGCAGCCACCUGGUUAUCCACCAACGGAGCGGGGCACACGUGGGACGUAA